AUGCCGGACAACCUCACCAAAGACCCUUCUCUCCCGGUAGCCAAUCCGACCAAGUCAUAUUGGCAAAGUCCCCCGCAUCCAGAGCUGUUGGGGACCCAGUCCGCCAGCUUACCAGCAACUCGAGAUAUCGUGGUCCUGGGAUCUGGAAUCACGAGCUGCAGCACAGUCCUGGAACUACUCAAUGGCAGCGCCAGCAACAGUAUCACCGUCCUAGAAGCCCGCGAAGUGUGUUCCGGUGCAACGGGUCGCAACGGCGGGCGCAUUAAUUGCGUCGCCAUCCUCGAUUAUGACAAGUAUCGCCGCCGGUUCGGGCACGAGGCUGCUGAGAAGAUUGUUCGGUUUGAACUAGCUCAUUAUGAAGCUAUUGAGUCUCUCGUGAAGAGUUUCGGUUCCGAGAUCCUCGACCGCUCCCAAGUCCGCCAGGUUCAUACUACUGCCGCGAUACUUAGUGACCAAAAGCUGCGUGAUAUGAAGGUUUGCUUGAAAAAUUUUGAGGACGCCUUUCCGGAUAUGAAGGGACGCUGGUGGAUUUGCGAGGGAGAGGAAUUAUCUACCGUAGGGAAAUACCAUCUCCCCGCAGCAAAAGGCGCUCUUAUCGGUAAAUCAGGAAGUGCCUGGCCUUACCGGAUGAUCACCGAUAUCUUCACAUGUCUGCUCCGACAAUACGGCGAACGUCUAAGCAUCGAGACAAAGACCCCAGCGACAGCUAUCCGUCGCGACGCCUCCUCCAACCCCGAGUUUCCGUAUAUUAUCACAACGCCUCGAGGACAGAUCCGGGCCAAGCAUGUUCUGCACUGCACCGAGGCCCACACAGCACACCACGUCUCAGGUCUCCGAGGCAUUCUUGUUCCACGCCGUGGCCAGAUCAGUGUGCAGAACCCUGGUUCGCUUUUCCCGUACAAAGGCGGAGAUCAAUCGUGGAGUUUCUACUUCCAAAAUGGAUUCGACUAUGCAACCCAGCUUCCGCAAAGUAAUGAUAUCGUGAUUGGCGGUGGUGAACUGGGAGGUUUUGAUACGAUGGACGAGGUGUUCGGUGUCUCUGCUGAUGACGCAGAAGACAUCCCGGCCAAGAUUCAUCUUGCCGGAGUCCUGCCUGUUAUCUUUGGAGAGAAGAAUUGGGGCACCGAGGUGGCUGGAAAGUUGCGGUUAAAGGGUUCUUGGGUCGGGAUUAUGUGUAAUUCUCUUGACACUGUGCCCAUGGUGGGCAAGAUACCGGGUGAAGCAUUACUCGAUCGAGAGGAAGGCGAUGAUAAAGGCGCCGAGUGGAUUUCGGCGGGCUAUGGUGGUUAUGGGAUGGUAAAUGCGUUUCUGUGUGGCCAGUCUCUUGCUAAAAUGGUAUUGGGUCGGGAUGUUGGGGGAUUGUUACCGGAUCAAUAUCGUAUUUCGGCGGAGAGAGUGCGCAGACUCCAGGGUGAG